AUGGCCGCUACCCAACAGCUGUCGAUGCAGUCACGCACAGGACGUCUCAACCAGCGCUACGGCUCCCAAGGCGAGCGCCUAGUCGCCGGCGUGGUGCCGCUCUCCGCCGACAAGUACUACGUCCUGUUAAUUCAGUCGACCAAACGCAACGGCUGGGUCCUCCCCAAAGGCGGCUGGGAGACGGAUGAGGCAACCGCCCAAGACGCUGCCAAACGCGAAGCCUGGGAAGAGGCGGGCAUAAUAUGUAAAAUCAACUACGACCUCGGCCUCAUCCCCGAGAAGCGCAGGCCCGAUCAGCUCACCUCACAGGCCCCCAAGGCCUCGUACCAUUUCUUCGAAGCCACGGUCGAGAAGCAGGAAGCCCAAUGGCCCGAGCAGCACAAGCGGAAUCGGAAUUGGUUCAGUUAUAGCCAGGCCCGCCAGGCCUUGGCCGAACGCCCGGAACUCCUCGACGCCCUCGACCGGUGUACCAUGCACAGAACUUAG